AUGAAUGCCGAUUCACAUUUUCACGAUGAUCCGGUCGAGCAUGGUACGCAGUUCGAAGCAGACGCGGGCGCGGACGGCUUUUACACGGCAGAUUUUGAGGCUCAACGAGACUCAUCACCUGUCCCCUCAUUUGUAAACUCUGUACCUCCUUCCGACAACGACGAAGGCGGUGAUGAUGAAGGCUCUUUGUACUCGCCCUACGGGGAUCUAGUGCCAGCCUAUCUACAGCCCCAAGGGAUCACGCAUUCACCAUCCACCGCCAUGAAUCCACAGGCACCAGCUUUUAAUCCGCAGGGGACGCCGAUCUUACAGUUACAGCCGAUCUAUCAAUCAGUCAAUGCGUACCACGAUUAUCGUCCGACAUCAUACCCUCCGUGGCAUCAUCAAACGCAGCCACCGCCUCCACCGCAGGCCCCUUCAACCAAUGUACAUGUACAUAACUAUCCUGCCACAAACACAGAGCCCGUUCAGCAGCAGCAGACGCCAAAGACACUGAAACUGCUCCCAGACGAAAAGCCAAUACUGUUCAAGGUGUAUUAUCUACCUGGCCCUAUCCGUUAUGAUUCGGUCAUCCACGAACAGAAGAAGCAACUGCGGUUCUUCCACCAUCCAGUGCUGGUAGUGGACUAUGAUCAAUCGAAAGGGCAAGUAGACUUCUACUCGUUGACCAGCAAUCCAACCCAAGCAAGAAGGGAGGUUGGUAUAUGUCUGCGCUUGGGCGACAACCACCAGAAUGAUGGCGAGGAUGUGCUAAAGCUUGCUCGUGACUCAGUCCCAAUGGAAGUCACUACAUGGGUAAAUCUUGAGCAACGAUUCCACAUCGAAUGGAAACACUUGGAAGCUUGGGCGCUCGAUGUGAGGAUAGACGAAGAAGAAAUUGACAAAUUCAAUGAGAAAGUGGAUCAGUUGGAAGCGAGCCAGAACCGGUUCAUCUACAAACCCAUAUCCCGGAAUUUGAAGUGGAUCAACCCCGGCGCUAUACUGAUGCUUGCUAACGAGGGAAAGUCGUCUUCACUUGGAGCGCCGGUCCUCCUUGUAUCAAAGAGCGACAAAUUCGUCCAGUACCUGAGGAUCAGAGAAAUAGGCGGGACACUUGAUAUCGGAAAGCGUGUCCAAGGGACAAAACACCACCUUCGAAUGAAGAUUGGUCGUUCAGGGGAGAAGGCUGGUCCAGAUGAGGCCCCCAUCUUGUGGCUGAAGGAUAUGUGUCAAGACAUGAGGCAGCCUUCUUACGUAGAAGGAACUACGAAGAAGCACUGGGCUCAUAUCGAUCGAUUUAGGACAUGGACAUAUCCUGUCAUUAACAUCCAAGCUGGUUCGAUGAAGAGGAUGAAGCAGUACCUUGCCCAGCAUGGGUACUAGGUUCUCUGACUUUGUCCUGCUCUUAUA